UUUAUUUUUACUGUAAAUAUGCAUGUUUGAUAUGCAAAACGUCAGUUGUAGUUUUGAACUAAAAGCAGGGGACGUUUCGUGGAAUAUAUCCCACCAUUUGAACACUAAAAUCGGAUAUUUAUGAUGGAGCUCGCUGCCUUGACAACACCGCUUGGCUGUUAGCCAUAUUGACGCCUGCUGACCGUCUUCAGUCGCUCUCCGAGCGUUAGGAUCUGGUUUCUGACAUCCUCAGACAAACCAAUGCAGGCAGGAGGAAGAGGGGAUCAGCAGGAUGAAUGCUAACUGAGCCAGGAGCUGCACAAAUACAACCGAAAGUUAGACUUUUACAACAGAGGACGAUUUUACUGAAGAUCGCGGUGGUUUGAUUUCCCACCUCUCCUCCGGACAUCAUGACGUCUUCUAUGCUCCGUCGACAGCUGAAGAACCUGGUCCAGAACUACUCUGAGGCCGAGGUCAAGGUGAGAGAGGCGACAUCCAAUGACCCAUGGGGCCCAUCCAGCUCUCAGAUGGCCGACAUUUCCGACCUAACGUACAACGUUGUGGCCUGUAAUGAGAUCAUGACAAUGCUCUGGAAACGGCUGAAAGACGACAAGAACUGGAGACAUAUCCACAAGUCCCUGACACUCCUGGAGUACCUGCUGAAGACCGGUGAUGAUCGCGUGCUUCUGAAGAUGAAAGACAACAUCUACAUUGUCAAAGCUCUCACAGAGUACCGCUUUGUAGAAAAGGAUGGCAAAGAUCAGGGUGUAAAUGUGAGAGACAAGGCCAAGGUUGUUCUUGUUCUUAUGGAGGACGAUGAGAAACUAAAGGAAGAGAGAGAGUUUGCUGUCAAAACCAGAGAAAAGACAUCAAAAAGUGCAGCUGCAUCAUCUACGGACAACGUCAAGGAUCCAAACUAUAAGCCCUGUUAUGUACCUGGGGCCUCAGGGCUUCCAUCCUUGGACAACAUACCCUCUGUAGCUGACUUGACAGCUUCCUUCGCCGCCCGCAAAGAAGAGCGGCUUAAACAGGAAGCUGAGAAGAAAGAAACAGAGAGACGGGCCAAGAUGAGUGAAGAGGAGCUAAAAUGGGAGGAUGCUAAUAAAGGUUCUGAUGUUAAAACUGAUGCUUGGGGAGGAGAGAAAGAAGAGGAAGUAAAAACGGACCCAUGGGGAGCCCCCAAAGAACCUAAAGAGGCCGUAGAUCCAUGGGGCACCCCCUCAAGACCUGACACAACUGAAACAGCAGCUAGCAGUGGUCCCUGGGGGGCUCCAACAAGUCCUGAUAAAGAUCCAUUUGCAGCAGAUCAAACUAAUGAUGAUCCUUUUGUGGCAUCAAAAAAUGGGGAAGAUCCCUUUGCGGCUCCGAAAAAUGGGGAAGAUCCUUUUGCGGCACCGAAAAAUGGGGAAGAUCCUUUUGCGGCACCGAAAAAUGGGGAAGAUCCCUUUAGUGCAUCAACACCUUUCAACACCCCAAAGGACAGUUCAGACCCUUUCAGUGCCCCCAAAGACACGGAGGAUCCAUUUGCUGCUCAGAAAGAUGAACCAGACCCUUUCAGCUCUUCUAACAAUGAUCCGUUUAAUGUUCCAAAGGAUGAUCCUUUCAAAGCUCCAAAAGAUGACCCAUUUAUCGCCCCAAAAGAUGAUCCUUUUAGUGCCCCUAAAGAAGAUCCUUUCAUUACCCCAAAAGACGAUCCAUUCAAUGCACCUAAAGACGAUCCAUUCAAUGCACCUAAAGACGAUCCAUUUAAUGCACCUAAAGAUGAUCCAUUUAAUGCACCUAAAGACGAUCCAUUUAGCUCUCCAAAAGAUGAUCCCUUCAGUGCAAAAGCAUUAACACCCCCUAAAGAGGACCCAUUUGCAGAACCGUCAUCAGGGAAAGAGGACCCUUUCACUGCUCCCACAACACCACCUAAAGAAGAUCCUUUCUCAGUGCCAACCAAACCUGUUCAAGAUCCCUUUGCUGCACCAACAACACCACCCAAAGAGGAUCCGUUCUCUACACCAUCUUUACAUGCAAAAGAUGACUCCUUCGCUGCCCCAACAUCUCCACCUCAAGAGGAUCCCUUCUCCACAACAUCUAAACCGACCAAGGAAGAUCCCUUUGCUGCACCAACAACACCACCUAAAGAAGACCCAUUCACAGCACCAUCCAGUCCACCAAAGAUAGAUGCCACAGAUCCCUUCGAUGCCCCUCUAGUGAGCUCGCCUCAGAGUAGCACAGCUGCAUGGGGAGCCCCAGCCACUUCUCCACCAGCCACCGGGUCAGAUCCCUGGGGGACCACGGCAGGUGCUUCUUCACCUACCAGUAAUUCUGAUCCAUUUGGAGAUGCAUCCAAAGCAGACAAUGACCCAUGGGGGCCUUCAGCUUUGGCUCCUGCCAGUACAGACGAUGCAUGGGGUGCACCUGCUCCACCUUUAGACUCCUCCCCAUCUAGUGACCCCUUUGGAGAUGGAGCAUCUAAAUCCAAUGACCCCUGGGGUGCAUCAAGCAACACAAGUGGCAAUGGCACAGGAAAGCACUCGAAGCAGGAAGACGCGAUGUAUCGAAAGACUGCUUCCUUCUUGGGCUCAGCAGAGGCAUCACUGGUUGACUUGGACGAUCUGUUUUCAUCUGACCCUAAACCCAGACAGCGCCCUCUCAUUGACGCCCAAACACAAGCCAUCGGCACUUUCAAAACAGCGGGCAUGACAUCCAGCCCUUUGCUAAAACCAGGAGCUUUUGCUGAAACAUCACCCUCAUACUCCAACCCUUUCAUUUCGACCAUAGCUUCCCCCCAUGGUGCACCAACUCCCACUUUUGGAGCUAACAAUCCUUCAGCAUCAUUGAAUACUCUGGAAAUGUCUAAUUCUUCCAUCAGUAUGAUUCAGGCAUCUCAGAUAGGUCCAGAAACACAAAUGAUACAUCCCAUUUAUAUCAAUGAGAGUCCACAAUUAGGACACAACAUUAACUCCCCCAUUGGAGGAGUGGGAAUGGUGCAGUUUGGAUAUCCAGGCUCCAUCUUAAUGGGAACUGGAAUGAUUCACUCAGGUGUCUUUCAAGGAAAUCACCCAUCAGGUGACGGUCAAUUUAGAGGCUCCGUCCCACAGGCUGGCGCUGAAGUCGUCUCAGGCAGCGGGUCAGAUGAGAUGGUGAACAAAAAUAAUCCAUUCCUGUUCUGACAACUUGACAUGUAAUUUGGAUCUCUGGAAUCACCAAAAAGGUAGUUUUGCAUGUUUAGUGCUACAGUUUAGUGUAUGCAUUCUCAUUAGGAUCAAUUUUAGAGCAAAAUAUCUGAACCUUACUUUGAAGUGUCUCUUUCCCCCAAACCAAUGCAAAGUUGUUCUGAGUAAUCACCUUAGCCUGUAAUGGAAAUUUCUAUCUUUAUGGUUGUCGAGCCUUGGAGGAAGACAUUGUUCUCCAUAGAUAAGAAGGGGUCACAAAAAGGUAAAACUGAUGUGAAUCAUGUGAUGUGGCCUUUGCAGUGACCUGCUGUGGCAAAUCUAGAUCAGCAUGUUUGAGGGUGUUCUCCACCGCCAUUAUCAAAACACCAAAUGAGGCAAUAUCUUUAAAAGACAGGAGUUCAUCCCUCCAGUAGAGUUCCAGAGACGUGAGUCAUUUUUAUACAGAACUAGGCUGAGAAUUAGCACAGAGCACAAGAGCCCACGUAUGACACAUUCUCACUGAAUCAUAUGCUUUUGUUUGGUUUGGACAAGCAAGCUGCCUGAGAAGAGCAGGAGACAGGACGCACAUCUACACUCCCUAGUGAUGAACACACAGGAUGAUUAUCUGUUCAGAGCUCACCACGUGGAAGCUGGCAUUCACAAUUCAAAUAUAUAGUAUACGUGGCAGUUUUUAUGUUUCUAAGCGUGGUUGUCAAAGUGCUGUUGAAUUUAGCCAGAAGGAAAUGACAGUACUUAACAUGUACGAAGCAAUCUAAAUAUUUGACAUGGUAAACUUACAUCUGUGUCUUUCUAGAAAGAAGGAAACAAUCGACAAAAGUGGUGUAUUGAUAAUGGGAAGUGGUGAGUAUAUAUUUAUACAUAUUUAGAAGCAUAAACAUGCAAAACCACCUAAUGAUGCUUUAAUAAAAAACCCUUUCAUUCCUGAGCUUACACUAACCUCCCCUGAACUCAAGAUGCUGCCCAUGAAUCAAAUAUAUACAAACACAAUGUGUACAGCGUAAUAUAUAUAAACAAAUACACAGAUUAUUAAAAAAAGAGCAAUGUAAUUCUUAUUUAAAAAUGAAUUUAUUAGAUUUUUUCCUUUCCCUGCACAAGUGUGACAAACGGAGAGCACCUCAGUGUGUCUGUGUGGAAAUCCUAAAGAGUUUUCGGUGUGUUUGAGUGUUGUGACAGGACCUGUAAAUCUUUGACUGGGACAUGCGUCACUGUAGGAUUGUGUGUGUGUGUGUGUGUGUGUGUGUGUGUGUGUGUGUGUGUGUGUGUGUGUGUGUGUGUGUGUGUGCAGUAUUUUGCUGAUGUAAAUAGUGGAAGUAUUUACAAGUAAACCUGGAAAUAUACUGUACUGUAUAUCAGAGUGUUGCAAUCACAAGUAACUAUUUAUUGAUCUAUUUAUUAAUUAUUAAUUUAUUGCUUGGUUAAUUAUUGACACAGCAAUGAAAUCCAACAAGAUCCAAGGUCAGGUGUAACUUUCAUUUCAGGCAGGCUGGCCUGGUGGUAUUGAUCGUGUGAUGUUAACUGACUUUAAUCUGAUUGGUUGUUUAAAUAUUUCUUUGUGAAUCAGCUCGGUAACCAACGGUGGCUUCAUCUUCCCGUUUAGCUCUGUAGACAUUUUUGAGUCAUUGUGUAAUUGUCUUCUUGGUUUCCCGGCUCUUUCUGAGGAGAAACUGAAAUACCGUUUUGGCGAAAUUAAAAACAGAGUUCAAGAAUAUCAACUUGUUUAAUGUGUAUGCUGUUUGAGCGGACGUGUAUGUGUACUUGCUCCUCAUUUACUUCAACACAAACAUCUGAAAGGAGACUAAAUGGUUGUAUUUUCUCUUCUUGUUACAUUUUACUUUGAAAACUUAAAUGGUAGCAGGAUUCAUCAUCAUCAUCAUUUAUUAGUUUUGAAAACUGUAAAUUAAAGCCACAGUGAAGCAGGCAAACCUGAUGAAGGGAUCACAUGGCUUUGUGCUUCAUGGGCUGUACGAGUCCUUACUGUGUUACUGACUCGUUAAUAUGUGAACGUUGGUGGAAAAACAGACUGGAAUACAGUCUAGCUUCACAUGACUAUUAUUUCUCAGAUUUAAUUUUGUAUGAAAUGAAUUUAUUUUGCUGUGUAUUAAAAUGUAUAGUUGUGUUGUAAACUGUGACAGUACAUUUGAGAAAUAAAGCGAUUCAUGAUACAGUCA